AUGGCUGAUUCGUACUACUCGCGGCUGCGCACUUCGCUGGCCGAGGAACAAGUGUGCUUCGCGGGGGCGGGGGCGGGGCCGGGGGCGUGGGCGUGGGCGGACGAGCGCGCCUCCCUCGCCAGCAGCUGCCAGCGCUCCCUGGGCGGCGCGUCCGACCUGGGCCUGGCCGACGACAGCGCCGCCGACGGCCUCUCCGCCCACCACUGCCAACUUGGUACCAUUGAAUUAUCGUUAAUAUACGAUCCUAUUGCUAGUGCAUUGCACUGCUCUCUCCACAGGGCAAAGGGUCUGAAACCUAUGGAUAUAAAUGGACUGUCAGACCCAUUUUGUCGUCUAAAUCUUCUACCAACAGGAGGAAAGUCCAAUAGACUUCGCACCAAAACAGUACACAAGACAAGGAACCCAGAAUUUAAUGAAACUGUAACCUUUUACGGUGUCACAGACAGUGAUCUUGGCAGAAAGAUCCUACAUAUUUUGGUGUUGGAUGAUGACAAAUACGGUCACGACUUCAUCGGAGAAGCGCGAAUAGCCCUUGCGCGCCUUGUGCCUCAGCAAGUUCGACACCUCAUUGUCCCCCUGGAGAAGCAUUUCUUGGUCGAGCAAGAAGAUGAAGUCUGGGGAAACGAUGCGUGGACAAGAGGACAAAUUUUAAUUACUCUCUGUUAUUCAACGCGCCGUAGAGCUCUGGUUGUUGGGAUUGUACGGUGUGCCAAUUUGACACCAAUGGAUAACAAUGGAUUUUCUGAUCCAUUUGUCAAAUUGCGGCUGAAACCUGAUCCGUAUCAUCGUAAAUACAAAACAUCAAUAAAAUGGAAAAAUCUAAAUCCUGUGUUCAAUGAAGAAUUUGUUUUUGAUACUAAAAUGACAGAACUCCCAAAACAGUCUUUGGAGAUCACAGUUUGGGAUAAAGAUUAUGGAAAAAGCAAUGAUUAUCUUGGUGGACUGGAGCUGGGUUUCCAUUCCAAAGGAGAACGAUUAAAGCACUGGGUGGACAUGAUCAAGUUCCCCGACCACAAACAUGAAGGAUGGCACAACCUGGGAGAAGAACUGCUAGGCGAUUGAAGUGGAAGAAACAUGCAAAAAGAUUUAUAUUUCAAAUUUCAGAAGAUUAUUCCUUGGAUCAAUCAAUGAUCCGCAACAGACCAACCGGUCUAAAGCUCGAAGGAGAAGAUUAUUCCUAGUCGCAUCUACUCAGAAUUCAAUUCAAGUCUCUCAAAACAGAUGAUUAUUUUCAACUGUUACCAUUUAACUUUCUAGAAAAUUCAUUGUGGUAACCCCAAUAGGUCACAUGUCAAAAAAAUUAACUUUUUUUCUUUAUUACACAGUCUAGAGAACUGAAGCAGUAGGUAUAUUAUUUAUUAGUAUUAGACAGACCUUUACAAAACCAAAUUUCAUGAGUUUCCAUUUCUGAAAACAACUGUCAAGACAGGGAGAAGCGAGAAUGUUUUUCAUUCCUCCUCAAAACUUCGCUACAAUUGGCAUACAGCCUAUUGUGGUUACCGUGACUGUAUUUAUGAGUUACCAUGACAUAUUAUUGAGUUGUUUCAAAUUUAAAUUUAUUCAAAUUGGUUAAUAUAGGAAAUAAAUAAAACAAUUAAUUUGUAAGGUACUAUCAAAUGUUGGGGAUUUUAUCAAUUUUUUUAAUCACAUUGGUUUUAAAUAUCUAAAGCAGGAAAAAAUUGGUUAUUAAGUCAAAAAUCCACUGUUUACAAAUUUCAAAAAUCUUUUACUGAAAUGGCAAGUCUGCUUACUAGCAUGUUUGUGAAUGAACUCAUAAUCAAGUUUUAAAUCUCUUCCCUUCCUUGACAUAUUUUUUCUACAAGUUGAUAUUGGUAAAUUGUACUUGUAAAUAAAUACUCUAAUGGUGGAUCAAGCUUCUUCCCUAUCAUUAGACAGCUCUUAUAAAUAUAUUCCUCCCAUAACUUUUGUAUUCCAAGUUAAUUAUUUAUGAAAACAAGACUGAUCUUAGAGGAUUUUUUAGAAUCAGUUGUGUGAUGUAUGUAAGAAUACAACUGAAGCAAGGAAUUUAAAUGACUUUUUAAAACAAAUCAUAUCAGGCUUUGAAUUUUCUAUUAAUUUCUUCGAUUAGUUUUUGACUAACUUAAAAUAGGUAGUUUUUGCUGUAUCUCGUACAUGAUCUUGAAGAAUGUUUUUAAAAAUAUAUUCAUGUGUAAAAUGGUUAUAAAACAAAAAUUUUGUUUCACCAAUUAUUUAUAGGCAGUAGUUGAUUCUCCAUAUACAUGUGAAAACUAAUUUAAUAUAUUUUUUAAGCAUAUUGGCACUUUUACCAAGUUAAAAAAAAGCCUUAACACAUUUUUUUCAGUUUGAUCUGCUCUUCUUAAAUAAUUAAUCAAUUAUGAUCAGAGGCACACCCCGAGAUUUUCUGGGAGGAAGGGGGUCAAGCUAGCUUGAUGUUUUCUUAUCAAGAAGUUUUCACUUAUACUGAAUAAUUUAGCAUUGCAGUAUUUUUAUUUUUUGUCUUAGUAUUAGUAUUUAUAAUGUAAAAAAUGGAUAUGUUGAUUGACACUCAUCAGUACAGAAAAUUAGUAAAGUUAUAUUUUUGAAUGGGUAUCAUCAAAUACAAUAGAGAUAUACAGGAUACUCAGAAAUGUAUCGGGAGACACUUGAAGUUAGUGACCCUAGAGGCCUGACCUGUCAUACCCAUUUUGAUAUCACAUUUUGCAUAUCCAUAGUUUGAAAGGUUUACUUUUUAUUAUGUUUACUUAUGUUUUGCAAAGUGAUUGUAUUUGUAUUAAAAUUUGAAUUAGUUGCUGAUUUUCCAGGUCACAUCACCAGGUUUGCUAGUGAGCAGUUGUUUUCUAUUAAAAGUUGAGAAAGGUUCAGUGUCCCAUAUUGUCUACAUAGUAUUUGGUAUCAUUGUGUGGCUUUUGAGGGAGGGGGGGUGGCUUAAGGCCCAUGAGCCCCCCCAUUGGUGCGCCACUGAUUAUUAUAUUGAUGAAUUAUAAUAUAUUACGAUGAGUAAAAUAAAUUAAUAUAAUUUAUUACAUGAAUAAUAAACCAUACACGUGAUUUGUGUAAUUACUUUAAUUUUAUUGUUAAUUAUAAUUACUUUAACUUUAAAUUACACUUAAUAUUUAAAGCUAUUUUUAUUCAGAUAAUUGAAUGAGCUCUUAAUUGGUAUUUUGGUCAGGUAAAUAACUGUGCUAUUUUAUCAACAUUUCAGAUGAAUUAUACCAUCCUCAGGGCUAAUUGUAUAGGUCAACAUAAUUUCAUUUACAAUGACGCAUGAGAAAAAGUAAUGCAAUAGACAUCAACUGACUUAGUAUUCAGUAUUGUUAUAUUUACCUAACAUAUUAGUUAUCAAUACAUUGUCAUCAAAUAUAACAUAGAUAGAUUCGUACUUCAUUACUGUUAGUCAAAAUUCUUUUGUUCACUAUUACAUUUUCAAAGAAUUUUCCUUUCCCAAAUCAUACUGCUAAUUCUAUGAAUGCAACAAAUUAGAGUUAAGUUAAAUGUCUGAAUAAUUGCAAGACCUCAUCUAAAUGAAAUAAUUUUAGAAGAGCUUCAAAAAACAGCUUAGCUCAUGUAGCGGAUCUUUCCUCAAUUGCAACAGCUCUCCACCUAUUAAUUCUAAAAAUGUUUUUAACCCUAUUUUCAUGUGCUGGUCCUUUUCUAACUCCCAUGUAUUUUUCUUGGGAAAUAAGUGCAUUUGUUACCUACCAAAUUUGGGAAUUGAUUACCAGACAAUGUACAGUGAAAUAUAAACAAAAUAAACAUAUUAAAUUAAUCACAACAAAACAAGAACAGAGCUAGAGAUACCAUCAUGUCCUAAUUUUUUGGUUUGCCACUACAAAAGUUAAAUGCUUUAAUCAUUUCACUUCCUUCAAGCAAUAGUUAAUACUAAAACGUUCCUUUCAUUUUUAUUAAGAACACAAAAUAGACAGUAAUGAACAUUAUCAAACUAUUAUAACUUCACAAAAUUUAAAUGUUUGUCUCUACAAUUGAAAUUUAAAUUAAACUUCAAUAAUAUAUUUGUAUCAUUGUUUACAUUACAUCAUUUUGUCUUAAUUUCCUUAUUCAUGAAGAAAGUUAACAUUAGAUUAAAUAAAAUGAAGAUUGCUUACUUUACUUUUCAAUGUGCCAAUUAUGAGGUACUUGCUUCUGAAAGUAAUCUUUAAUAACAAACCCAAAUGAUUAAAACAAAAGGUUUCUGAAAACUGUAAGUUUUUUGUUUUUUUCUGACAACAGUUAAAAAGAUAUUGUCAACUUGUUCAUAACUGAUGCUAUCUUUGUUCCUUAAUGCAAAAGUAACUGUUAUAGAAACGUAGUACAGGAGCCCUUCAUGUCAUGUGAUACAAGUGUCUCCAAUUUGAAAAUGAAUAAUUAUGAGUCAUCAGCAUUUAUUAUUCAUUAAGCUCAUAUUUUUUAAACAAUCAUUUGAUACCAAGCAGUAAAAAACAUAGAGAAAGUUUAAGUGAAGAGUAUUGCUUAACUUCUCUAGUUGAAUUUUGCCAAAGAAGGAAUCAGUUGCACAAUUGGUAUUUUCAAACUCACUAUUUUUUAUUAAUUUUGAACCACACAUCACCCCACAAAGGAAUUUCAUGUAAUAUAUAUAUUUUCUUUCCUUUUUUUUUUCCCCAAUCAAAAUUACUAUCAAAUAAGCACUUUUCAUGACUCUUCAAAACUUAUUAAUCCAGAUUGGAUUCCUAAGAACUAUAUCUGUGAUUCAGAAUUUAGAGUAAACUAGCAAAUGUAAAGAGACCUCAUGUAUCACUGUCUGUAAAUAUUAAAAAAUCAUUUUUAUCCUUAAUAUCUCAACUCUCCAUUAACACACAAGUUGACAGUGACUUCUAUUGAGUAUCUUUUAAGCAUGGCACAAAUAAAAAUGUCAAAUAAUAUAAAUAUAUAUAAUUUUCUGCUUCAAUAAAUUACUCAUUAAGCAUGUAAUGUUAUGUAGUCUUGUUACAAUACAAUUGUUGAUAUUCUCAGUAUUUUAAAAUGUAAAAUAAUAAUGAGUGCCCUUUUUGAAUGGUCAUAAAGAUAACUCUCUUGGUCAUGUGUCUGUUUUGAAAUAUAUACGUUACUAUGAACUGCUGUUAUUUUGGAAAUCAGUGAUCACUAUAAAUCUACAUUUAAACUGAAAUAAGAGAAUAAUGUAGCUAUUAUAAUUAUGAAAAGUGUUACAAGUAAUGUUAAGGACUGUUUCAAUACAAUUAUCUGUAAACUAGCACAAAAAAUUAUUUUCAGACAUCUUUCAUAUACAAGACUAUUCUUGUCACAAAGCGUGACCUUCAAAGGGGUACAUGUUAAUUUCUAUUGACAAUCAAAUAUAUAUAUGAAGAAAUAAAAUGAAAUAAAUGGC